ACCUUACCGGACGUGUGUUCCUGAGUGAGGCUGUCGCUGAGGGUGGGUGAAGAACUGCUGGGCCUGGGGUGGGAGACGGGGUUGCUCCUCACCCAGGGCAUCUCCCUCCAACUCUCCCUUGCCCCCCAGACAUGCUGCUGCUCAAGAAACAGACGGAGGACAUCAGCAGCAUCUAUGAGAUCCGGGAGAAGCUGGGCUCGGGUGCCUUCUCUGAGGUGGUGCUGGCUCAGGAGCGGGGCUCCUCACACCUUGUUGCCCUCAAGUGCAUCUCCAAGAAGGCCCUUCGGGGCAAGGAGGCCCUAGUAGAGAACGAGAUUGCAGUGCUCCGCAGGGUCAGCCACCCCAACAUCGUGGCUUUGGAGGAUGUCCACGAGAGCCCCUCCCACCUCUACUUGGCCAUGGAGCUGGUCACAGGGGGUGAGCUGUUCGACCGCAUCAUGGAGCGUGGCUCCUACACAGAGAAGGAUGCCAGCCACCUGGUGGGCCAGGUUCUUGGAGCUGUCUCCUACCUGCACAGCUUGGGCAUUGUGCACCGUGAUCUCAAGCCUGAAAACCUCCUCUAUGCCACGCCAUUCGAGGACUCCAAGAUCAUGGUCUCCGACUUCGGCCUCUCCAAAAUUCAGGCUGGCAACAUGUUGGGUACUGCCUGUGGUACCCCAGGAUAUGUGGCCCCGGAGCUCUUGGAGCAGAAACCCUACGGGAAGGCCGUAGAUGUGUGGGCCCUGGGUGUCAUCUCUUACAUCCUGCUAUGUGGGUACCCUCCCUUCUACGAUGAGAGCGACCCCGAACUCUUCAGCCAGAUCCUGAGGGCCAGCUACGAGUUUGACUCUCCCUUUUGGGAUGACAUCUCAGAAUCAGCCAAAGACUUCAUCCGGCACCUUCUGGAACGAGACCCCCAGAAGAGGUUCACCUGCCAGCAGGCCUUACAGCAUCUUUGGAUCUCUGGGGAUGCUGCUUUUGACAAAGACAUCUUGGGCUCAGUCAGUGAACAGAUCCAGAAGAAUUUUGCCCGGACCCACUGGAAGCGAGCAUUCAAUGCCACCUCUUUCCUUCGUCACAUCCGAAAGCUGGGGCAGAGCUCAGAGGGUGAAGAGGCCUCAGAGCGGAGGAUGGCCCGCCACAGCCACCCGGGCCUCCGGGCUGGUCAGCCCCCUAGCUGGUGAUGACCAGAUGCCGAGGCUGAGUGCACUGACCCCUGAUUCUCUUCCCAUGGACCCUCUCAGUCCUCUCCCCCAUUCCCAUACCCUUGGAGCUGGCCUCUGCUGGAGAGUUUGAGAUGUGUGUGUGUGUG